AUGAUGCCGCCUACACCUGGCACCGCUGCGGAGGAACCCGCGUGUGACCUCGAAGACCCUUUUCGUGAGGAGCAGCAGCAGCAGCGGCAGCAACAACAACCUUUUUCUAGCAACAGCGACGCUUUAUCCAACCCUUCCAUGGAUGUGACGCCGCUGGCGAAGUUUGCACAAGAGGAGCCGACCGUGAGCGGCGGUGUCGUGCGCCGCAUCGUCUACUUCCCCAUUGUCACAACCAUUGUGUCUACCGACUCCUCCAAGUUCCCAGAUCCGGCUAUUCCGAUUGGACCGCACCUGCGCUCAAUGAACAUUGGCGUGUCGAGGAACCGAUGGGUGCAGUCGUCCGUGGCGGGGAUGGAGCGCCGCUAUAGCGAGCUGGUGGACCUCCGCACGCUGCUCGCGUUUCAGUUCCCGACUCUCAUUGUGCCGCCGCUGCCUCCAAAGUCCAACCUCGAGAACUUCGGCACCCUCUUAAAAAAUGAGGGUGUCAUCAUCACGCAACAGCACUCCAUUGCACGCUUCCUUCGCGAGAUUGCAAUAAUACCGGAGUUGAUGUAUUUCUCAGUCUUCACGCCGAACUUCUUCCAGCUUCCACGCGAGAGUUUUGAGGACUGGGUCGGCUCGAUGCGGGCUACACUGGAGGAGUUCCGCCAUCUCAACACGGCCAUCGACGGGCGUAGCACGCGCAGGAGCGGGCUGCUCGGUUCGGAGUCCGUCACUACCAUCACCGACAGCUCCACGAAGGUAGUGCGGAAGCUCGUGGGUAUUCUGCAGUCUUGGAUGGGCGGCAGUGAUGAAGUGCAAAGGCAGCAGCAGAAGCACAGCCCACAACGGCAACGGCAACAGCAGCAGCAGCAGCAGCCUGUUCAGGGUAAAGACUACGUCAACACCGCGACGACGCAUGUGUCCUACUGGACAAAUGAGGUAGACUUCCUCAGCCGCUGCCGCACAGCCAUCACAGAGACACUGCAGCCGUAUCUCACUUUUAUGCAGCAAUCGCUGGAGGCCGUCGCCGCACAGAAGGACGUCGCGGAGUCGCUAGAGAAAUACGCUGAGGCCCUUGCCGCCUCAACAGAUAACAAGGAGCUCGCGCAGCUGACGCUAGAGGCUAGUCGCUUCAUGGAUAGUGGCGUGCUGGCUGUCGAUUCGCAGCAGAGGCAUAACAAGCGUGAGGUGUACGAGCGUCUAUUAUUUGAGGUGGCGUACAUCGACGCCGCGCUCGACGCGAUAGACCACGUGCUGUGCCUCUGGAGCCACUGCAGCGACCUCGUGGGUGAUCCAGGGCACGUGCCGCUGUUUAACUACACGGUGGAGGUGAGCAAGCGGCUGCGCGAGUACUAUGAGACGCGGUUUCUGCGUGUAUUCCGGCAUCGCAUGCUCAACAUGAUUCAGCGCAUGGUCCGCACCGGAAAGGGCUACGCCGAGAAAGCGGUAACAGCCAUGCAGAGCGCCGCCUUCUCCACGACGAUAAAGAAUCCGACGUACACGUCGUACGAGUAG